AUUUGAGGAUGACACUAGAAACUGCUGAAGCUUUGGAAGACUUGACAAUGUCUACAGAUGGCACUGCAUAUAUUGUAACUACCAUCGCACUGCUGGGUGGUGUGCUUGCCUUCUAUUACUUCUACAUCUACAACAAUCCAGAGGAGCAGGAAGAAGAGCAAGAGCCAGAGGAAGAGAAGUACACUCCACUUGAAGCCCAGGACUUCACUUUAGAAGAACUGCGCCCUUAUGAUGGUACCGAUGGGAAACCGGUGUGUAUUUCUGUUAACCAUAUUGUCUAUGAUGUGACCAAAGGAAAGAACUUCUAUGGGCAAGGUGGACCAUAUGCAAUGUUAGCUGGUAAAGACGGCUCCAGAGCACUGGCUAAGAUGUCGUUAGAUGCGUCUGAUGUUAAGGAUGAGUGGGAUGACCUGGAGGACCUGACUCCAUUUCAGAGAGAUUCUCUACUUGAGUGGGAGAUGAAGUUUCAGACUCGAUAUACUGAGCUGGGAAAGCUACUUAAGACCAGAGAAGGUUCAGAAGAGUAGCCAUAUCAACUUCACCUGUGUCUCGUGUAAUUUGCAGUAAGAGUAAUUUAUGUGUUAUUAUGUCCUAAUGAUCAUAUUUUUGAAACAAUAUGCAAUAAUGACUUAUAAAGUUUCGUGGUUCUACAAAUAUACAUAAUAAAAGUUAAGAUCAUUUGAAUGUAUGCACUCUCGGUGAUGAUUAUUUGUGUGAUUUUCAUUUAGUUAUUAGGUUAUGUUUUAAUGUUUGAUAGUUCAACUUAUAUCUCAAAUAGUGUCUUAUAAAUAGUUUGAUUCUUU